GACCACGUGACUGAAACCAGGAAGUGAGCCGAGUGUCAACAAAAAGAUGAGAUGGCGUCUUCAGACUGGCAGCUGUCUUUGAAGCUGGUGGAUCAACCCAAAUCCAUCUUCCACUUCCCAGAGAUGAUGCCAGGGGAUGUUUCACCUGGAGGAUACAGAGUCGCUACUCUAAAACAACUUGUUGCAGCACAGCUCGCAGACUCCGUCCCAGACCCUGAACUCAUAGAGCUGGUCCACUGUGGGCGGAAACUUAAGGAUGACCUAACACUGGAUGCCUGUGGGAUUCAACCGGGAUCCACCUUACACAUCGUCAAAAAGACAUGGCCAGAGCCAGAGAGCAGUCCAGAGCCUGUGAACAGAGCAACUGCAGCCAGGGAGUUCAGGGUUUUUCAUGCUGCUCUUCACUCUCUCAACUCAGCCUACAGAGACUCAGUAUAUAAAAUGCUGACAAAUAAAGAGUCUCUGGAUCAGAUCAUAGUGGCAACACCAGGGCUCAGGUCAGACCCAGUUGCUCUAGGGGUGCUCCAAGACAAAGAUCUCUUCGUGCAGUUCACAGACCCUAACAUGCUGGAUGUGUUGAUGAAUUCACACCCAGCCCUCGUCAAUGCCAUCAUCCUGGUCCUGCAUUCUGUGGCAGGCAGCAUGCCCGCGCAGUCCAGUGCCAGCUCUUCUCGCAACGUCUCCGCCAGUUCUUACAGCGAUAUGCCAGGAGGCUUUAUGUUUGAGGGCAUGUCUGACGAUGACGAAGAUUUCCAGUCCGGGAGCCCAGCAGGUCCCUCCAACAGAGCAGGAGGCUCAGCAGGAAUGCGUCCAGUGUCCCUGAGCCACAGCGGAGCAACGGGCCCCCGACCAAUAACGCAGAGCGAGCUUGCAACGGCUUUGGCCCUUGCCAGCACUCCUGACAGCAGUGCGGUCACCCCAACAACUUCAAGCCAGGCUGACCCCUCCAGUAGUGUAGCCCCAAUGUCAGCAGGGACCCCAGUCAGUAACGAUCUCUUCAGCCAGGCUCUACAGCAAGCUCUGCAAGCCUCCAACAUGUCCGCUCUACAGGGCCGCUGGCAGUCCCAGAUGCAGCAGCUCAGAGACAUGGGGAUCCAGGAUGAGGAGCUGAUGCUGAGGGCGCUGCAGGCCACAGAUGGUGACAUCCAGGCUGCCCUGGAGCUCAUAUUUGCUGGAGGCCCAGGACUCUGAGUCUAUACCCCACGGACAAAGGCUUUUAUAGCGGAGAGAGCUGGAAAGAACUCGCUACCCAGAAAUUAUAAAUUAUGUCUUUAGACAGCAUACAGAUUUUUUUUCUUACAUGUUUACCCCCUAUUUACAUGGAGUACAAUUUCAACUGAGCUCCACAAAGGUCAUCCUUUUCUUAUUGAUGUGACUAGACUUACAGUUUAAAUAAACUGAAUCAUGCUUA